AUGGAUAAAUUACCAAUUGGUUAUAUCAAAGGGAAGGGAAAUCCUUUAGAUAAGAAAGUACCUAGAAAUAAAAAAUAUGAUUAUGUCAAACAAACCCUUAACACUGGACCAACUGUACGAGAUAUUGAAGUUAUCAGUAAUGCAACAAUAGCAAAAAAGAGAUCUGAGAUAUUCAAAAGAAUUAAAUGCUCCACUCUGCUCAAACUGAUUAGUGAAGAACCUGCACAGGAAUCAAUACAUAAUAUCAUUGAUCAAUAAGAAUAAGAUCAAUUGAAAUAAUUUGAUGCUCAAAGUCAAUACAGCUAGAAAACAAGAUUCACUGAGGUGUCACAGGUUUCAGCAAUUACAUAUGCCACUGAAUAACUGGGUCUUACUGAUUAAUCUGAAUUUCUUCUCAUUGAUUUAAGAGAUCAAGACGAAUUCUAAAUGUAUCACAUUAAAGAAGCUGUCAAUUUCCCUGCUCCUUUACUUCGAUAGGAUAAGUUAACUCAAUAAAUGUUUCGAUUUAAAAAUCAAGUAGGAAAACUAAUCAUCAUUUAUCAUUUUGAUGAAAAAAAUGGCAUACCAUCUGCAACACUCUUCGCAGAAAAAGGCUUUGAGAAUGUCUACCUUCUAAGUGGAGGAAUAGAAAAGUUUCUCCAAAACUUUCCAGAAGCAGUUAUCGGAACUAAAGUACCCUCAUUUCCAAAACCAGAAGAGAACCAGAACAAAAUUAUAAAGAGAUCAAAUUAUAAAGAAGGUGAAUCUUAAAUAAAUAAAUCAGAAAAAGCUAUUAGUGACACAAAAUCAUAAAUUAGUUAAAAAUCUAAAAUAACUAGAUAAUCAAGUGCUUAAAGAUAGCAACAAUAAUAAUAGUAAUAGCAUUCAUAAUUCAUAGAUAAAUGA